AUGAAAUUAGGUAGAGUCUUGUUUAUUUUAAUUUUUAUUAAACUUUUUUUUUCUAUAAAUUCAUAUAUCAUUAAUAAUAGUAGUGAUGAUAAAAUUAAUAAUUUCAAAAUAACAAAAAUAAAAGAAGAAGGAUAUAAAAUAUUUAUAAUACCGCAUAGUCAUUGUGAUAAUAGUUGGUUAAAAACAAAAGAGGAAUAUUAUAAUGGUACAGUGCAGUAUAUUUUAACAAGUGUUAUUAAAGAAUUAAAGAAUGAUCCAGAAAAGAAAUUUAACUGGGCAGAAAUAGGGUUUUUCUAUGAAUGGUAUAUCAAUCAAGAUAAUUCAACACAAGAAAUUGUAAAGCAAUUGGUUUUAAACAAACAAUUUGAAUUUUUAACUGGUGGGUGGGUUCAAAGUGACGAAGCAACUGUAAGUUUAGAUGAUGUUAUAGAUCAAAUGACACAGGGUCAUAUGUGGAUAAAAGAUACUUUUAAUGUUACAGUUCAAUAUGGGUGGCAAAUUGACCCAUUUGGUUAUUCAUCUUUAACUCCUACAUUGUUUUCAAGAAUGGGGAUAAAGGGCCUAAUUAUAAAUAGAAUAUCUUAUAAUGUAAAAAACUACAUGAAGAAAAAGAGAGAAAUGGAAUUUUUAUGGAAAGGCUCAGAAACAUUAGACACCGAUUCUGAAUUGUUAAUUUCGACACUAGACAAUCAUUAUGACUAUCCCGAAAUGUUGAAUCCAAAAAACAAAUAUCCAAUUUCCCAAAGGGUAAAGAAAUAUUUAGAGUAUUUGGAACAAAUAUCAAAAACAAGAAUUUCAAAAACUAUACUAUUACAAAUUGGCGACGAUUUUACUCAUUAUAAUGCAAAAAAGGAUUUUUCAGCUUCUGAUGAAUGGUUAUCUUAUAUCAAAGAAAGAAAGGAGGAAUAUGGAAUAAAAGAAAUAAAAUAUGCAACACUCUCGGAAUAUUUUGAACAACUAAAAAAAGAUAUUGAAUCUGAAAACAUCAAACUAAAUGUAUUUAACAAAGAUUUUUUCCCUUAUGCAACAUCUGAAAAGGAAUACUGGACUGGAUAUUAUACAACAAGACCAACUUUAAAAAGACAAAUAAGAGAUGUUGGUAAUUUAAUACGAAUAUCAGACUCAAUGUUUUCAAUAUUAAAUAUCAAAAACAAUAUUACUGUGUCAAAUAGUUUGUAUCAAGACUUGAAUGAAAAUAGAAAUGUAUUAUCAGAUGCUCAACACCAUGAUACAAUAACUGGAACUUCGAGAAGCUAUGUUUUGUUUGAUUUUUUUUUAAAAUUGGAAAAAGCAAGAAUUAGCUCAUAUAAUAUAAUUUCAAAUUCUUACAACUUAUUAAACAACAUUUCAAAUAGUGAACCAUUGCAAUAUCAAAAUAUAAUUGAUUUAGACGAUUUAAAAGAUGAAUACUAUUCAGUGGUAUUUUUCAAUUCUCUAGGGUGGUCAGUUAAACAGCAUAUUUCAAUAAAAAUAAAAACAAAUAAUACCAUAGCCCUUUCUCAAAUUUCACUAUUAAACUCAAACCUAUCAAUAAUAUCAGAUAUUCAAAUAGUUUCUUUAAAUUAUAAAAAUAGAUGUUUUGAAAACGACGAUUUGUAUUUAUUAUUUGCAAUUAUAGAAAUACCACCAAUGGGAUAUUCAACAUAUUAUUUAAGCUUAAAUGAAAAUAAAAGUAACAGCAAUCAAAUAGUACAUGGUAAAAUAAUAUACUUCCCAAAUAAUUUAGUUUUCAAGACCAAAGAAAUAGAAUAUGAAUUUUCGAGGAAUGGAUAUUUAAAAUCAAUUAAAAACAUUAAAUCAAACAAAAUGACUUUAAUUAAUCAAGCAUUUUACCAAUACCAAUCAAAAGAAAGUGGACCAUAUAUUUUCAAUGCUGGUACUAUAGAAAAUACUUUGAAGAAGCCAAGCUAUUUUAUACUCUAUGAAGGAUCUCUUGUUAAUCAGCUUACCAUGGUAUUUGACUCUGGUGAUUGUGGUACAAUUUCUAUGGUUAAUCAAAGAAUAUACAAUAAUCCAAACCUCAAUGAACUAUCUUUGAUAACAGAAAAAUAUUUAGAAACUAGCUAUUCUUUUACUGGUGAAAUGAAUAAAGAAAAAAUUAUUAGAUAUAAGGUAAAGUCAUUUUCAAGUAAUAACAAUGAAUUCUAUACAGACAAUGGUUUAGAAACAAGAAAAAGAGUUUACCGAGAAGGUUCAACAUCUUCUAACUAUUACCCCACUCUCCACUAUGUAAAUAUCAAAGAUAAAUUAAAAGAUGAACAAUAUACUCUUUAUGUAGACCGUUCCGUAGGUGUAACAUAUCCUUCAAAAGGUGAAAUCGAAAUAAUGCUUCAUAGAACAAUGGAAAAUGAUGAUUGGAAAGGUGUUCAAUGGCCCUCAAAGGAUAUAUCAAGGAUUGAUGGUAAAAUAUAUUUUAAUUUCGACACUAUUGAAAACCAAAAACAACAUGAAAAGAAACUAUCAUUACAAAUAGAUCACAACCCAAUUUAUUUGAUUAAAAAAAUAUCAAAUAUAAAACAAUUAAAAAAUAACCCUAUUCAACACCAAUCACAAUUUAUAUUAAAAGAUUUACCAGAUAAUAUUCACUUACAAUCAUUAAAAACAUAUUCAAACAAUAGAAUUGGUCUUAGACUAUUAAAAAUUAAUCAAGAUAAUAACAAUAACAAUCACUCUACAUAUUUAAAUUAUAUAAAAGUUAACCCAAACCAUUUAGUUGAAACAGGGUUAUCAUUUUUAGAAAUAUCAAAAGAUAAUUUUUUAAAUAUUUCAAAAAAUAAUUUUAAAGAUAAUAAUUUUCCAAUCUACUCGGGCCAAUCUGAAUAUAUUUACAAAAAAACAUAUCAAAAUAAUACAAAUCAUUUUUACCCAUUAGAAAUUAAAUCAUUCAUUAUAAAUUUAAAUAAUAAUAACAAUAAUAAUAAUAAUUUAAAGGUAUAUAAUUACAAUAACCAUUUUACUUAUGAUAAAAAUAAUAUUUCAAUAUAUUACCAAUACGAUUUCUCAGCUAUACCUUUAGAGUUAUCGCAUUAUAAUGAUAUAGGUCAAUACAAACAAAAAAGUCAUAUUUGGAGGAACUUAUUUAUUAUAUUAACCCCAACUAUUCUUUUAGCAAUAGGAAUAAUAGUAUAUAUAAAAUAUAAUCAAAGAUUUAUUUUUAAAGAAAAAUCAGAAUAUAUAAUGCUCAAUACAAUAGACUAUUCAAUAUAAAUCAAUAAAUCAAUAAAUCAAUAUAAAAAAAUUAAUAAAUAAAAGAAUUAAUAACCAUUUUAUUACUCUUUUUAAGUAUUUCUUUAAUUACAAUUUUUUUAUUCUUUAUUAUUUAAUUGCUAUAUAAUUUAUUGUACUUUUCUGCGCAAUUUUUUAAAGUUUCGUCACCUAAUCUAUAAGUGGUCCAUUCAUUCAUUGGUUUAGCGCCUAAACUUUCAUAAAAGUCUUUUGAACUUUGAUUCCAAUUAAGACAAGCCCAUUCUACUCUUCCAUAACCUUUAUCAUAGGCAAUUUUAACUAAAUUUAAAAGCAUUUUCUUUCCAUAACCACGACCUCUAUAUUCUGGUUGAACAUAUAAAUCUUCUAAAUAAAUACCACAUUUACAUAAAAAUGUACUUUUAAAAUG